AUGAACCUUACCUCAGAUUUGUUGGACUUGAUGCUGAAGGCGUCCAACCUCUCACGAUGGCAAUUCAUCCAACAAUACUCCAUCCCACCUCUUGUGGCUGUGCCCAGGCUCCCAGAUGCCCUUCUACCAGUAUUUUGUCUGCUCUAUGUGCUCAUCUUUGGGCUUGCUGUGGUUGGAAAUGGGGCUGUGCUGGUUCUUCUUUGCCGUAAGAAAGCACUGCAGUCCCCAAGCACUUUCUUCAUCUGCUCGCUGGCACUCAGUGACCUUCUCAUUGGCAUUGUGUGUGUACCUGUGUCCCUGUCACAACACUUUUUUACCAACUGGCUGGCAGGCAACUUCCUGUGCAAGCUGGUCCCUUUCCUCCAAGUGACUGCCAUAGCAACCAGCAUCCUGACCAUGACUUGUAUCGCUGUGGAGCGUUUUCAAGGGAUUUUGUAUCCUCUUCAUGUCCGCAACAACUACAUCCUUCACAGCUCCAUCAUCAUGCUUGUGGCUGUGUGGAUAGUUGCACUGGCAAUUGCAGCUCCCAUGUGGUUUGUGCAGAAAGUACAGGUGAAAUACGACUUCCUGUUUGAUGUUCAUCACACCAGUUGUCUGGAGGUGUGGCCAAGCCAGCACUGGAGGCGGAAUUACACCUUAUGCCUAUCAGUGAUGGUUUUUUUGGUCCCAAUGGUGACCAUGGCUAUCCUGUAUGGAAAGAUCAUGAGGGAACUGUGGGGCAAACACCGCAUUCACGAGGCUGUGUUCCAAACACUGCCAGGGUCUGAGAUCAACAAGAUCACCAGGAGGAAGAGGAGGGCAGUGAAGAUGAUGGCCACGGUGGUGCUUCUGUUUGGUGCUUGCUGGGCUCCAUUUCACCUUGUAUCACUGCUGCUGGACUAUGAAAAGCUGAACCUGGACCUGCACUCAGAGUUUCUGUUGCUUAGCUUGGUGCAGAUCCUGGGCUUCAGCAACUCUGUGUGCAAUCCAGUGAUCUACGCAGCCCUCAACACCAACUUCAAGAGGGAUUUGCUGGCACUACUCAUGCACAGACGGAUACCCUGUUUCCGGAGAAGGCAGACCCGAGUUGGAGUCUCCGUCACGGAACCGAAGACCACCACGGAGAGGAGAGUCAGAGUCCAGCCAUGGAGCAAAGUUGCAUGGGACACAGAGAACGGUGUGGCACUGGUAACAAAUGGAACAAGGUCCGAAUCAUUCAACCCCAUGAACCUGCUUGGUUCAAUUUGUCCCAGUCACAACUCAGGCACCGUCAUUCUGAACGUCACUGACCCCGUGCACAUGGAUGCUACCUACAGAUCGGAUCAGAAAACAGCAGGAAUUACGAGUGAAUAA